AUGUCUGAUAUUGCUGACGCGACUCCGGCUGUCAACGGCGCCUCUUCUUUCGAGAAGAACACUAACACAUGGCCUCUAGAUGCCUCCAUCGCUACCAAGCCUGCUGCCAAUGGCCGCAAGUCCCUCGGUGCUGAUGCUCAACCUGUGACGCACUUCCAUUCCGUCUUCACUGAGCUCCUCUCCUGGAAGAACCCUCGCAACUCCGCCAUUGCCUAUGGCUCUAUUGUUACUUUCAUUCUCGCCGCCCGCUACCUCGAUAUCAUCCGCUGGGCCUUUAAGCUCUCAUGGAUGACUCUCGCUGUUACAAUCUCUGCCGAGACUGCUGGAAAGCUUGUCCUUAACAGUGGCAUUACUUCCCAGCUCCGCCCUCGCCGAUACUACACCAUCCACCGCGAUACAGUUCAGGGUCUGAUCGGCGAGGUCCACGAGCUUGCCAACUUCUUCAUUAUCGAGGGCCAGCGCAUUCUCUUUGCCGAAAAUAUUGGUGUCUCCGCUGUCGCCUGCGUCGCUGCGUUUAUCACUUACUUCCUCGUCAAGCUUGUUCCCUACUGGGGUCUUGCUAUCCUCGGCACCACUCUGGCUUUCUUUGUUCCUCUCGUUUACGCUGCCAACAAGGAGCUCAUUGACGAGAACAUCAAGACCGCCUCCGACGCCAUCAACGCCCAGACUGCUCAGGUCCGCGAAGCUGCCCAGAAGCAGGCCGAUCAGCUCGCUGCUCUUGGUAAGCAAUACGCUGGCGACUAUACUGGCAAAGUCCAGGACAUGAUCCGCGGCCGCCCUGCCCCUACCGCUGCCUCGGCGUCGCAUCAGAAGACCCCCGCCAAGGCCAAGGCCCCCGAGUUCCCUAUCGCUCCUACCGAGGAACCUGUCGCCGCCGCUAAGGAGGCCGCCCACGAGAUCCCCGAGAUGCCUGCAGUUCCCGAGCAGGAGCCUCUGAUUGCCGCCUAA